AUGCUUGAAAUCGAGCACCCUUUCACUAUAGUUGGGGAUAUUCAUGGCCAGCUGGAUGCCUUGGUAAGAUAUUUUGAUGCUGUUGAAUACCAUCCAAAACUACAAUUUCUAUUUCUCGGUGACUACGUGGAUCGUGGUGCGAAGGCUCUGGAAGUGUCACUUCUUCUCUUCUGCUAUAAAGUUCGUCAUCCUCAUAUGCUACAUUUGUUACGUGGAAAUCAUGAAUACAUGAAUCUAUUCCUUCUUAUGGCCAACUGGACUGCAAAACCAAUUCCAAAAUCUGAAAUCGCUAUGCCUUAUAUUUCAAAGAAUCCUGCUAAUGAUGUUGUUAUUCGGAGACCAAGACAAGAUUCGACUACAAGUAUGGAACCCGAGAAAAUGGAGAAUGUUAAAUCAUUUUAA